AUGAUGUGUUUGGUGUGUUUUAGUGCUAAACAUGAUUAAGGGGUUUGACUAAUUAAAAUAUGCUUAUUAUAUUAUUAGACAUAAUCUCAUCCAACUUAAUCCUACUACAUUCGGCCGUACUAGCAAGAUUAGACAUAAUCCAAUCUAUGUUGUUUUUAGGCUACCAAACAUCUAACUAAGAUAAUAAAUCGUACCCAAUCAUAUAAUCCAGCCCACCGAACACGCCUUAACUUAGUAUGAUCCAUGCAUUAGAAAUCAAAAGGGUAAUCAAGAUCUUUUAGUUUCACUAGUAGGAAGGACAUCAUAGAAAAAAGAAGGGAGAGACAAAUAUGGAAUUAUCAGAGCAUUUCAUUAUGUAAGCAAUUCAGCAAUGUUCAUCAACAUGCAUAUGGUGGGUCCCAAUUUCCCAGUUCGAGUUGCCGACAGCAUGGUUGUCAUGUACUUAACAGGUUUAUCAUGGAUGAAAUGAUAACUGCAAAGAAGUCAACUCAUAAUGAGGAGCAACUCAAAUUCCCAAAUCUUAUCAAUUCAGAGCAAAUUGUAACGGCAUAGGAUUCUCAAGCACUUUUUAAAACAAAACAUUCCCACAAUUUUUUUCAAGUUAGGCUAUGAUUAGGGGUGUGCCUAUGUGUCCUAUAAAUAUACUUUUUUUCUUGCUUAUAAAAACCCCCCUUGCCACAGCAAACAUCCUAUAAUUCCUAUUCACUUUAGCAUGCAUCAUCAGCUGAAGCUCAACAUGAGAAGACAAACUCCCAUUCAUCUUCUCCUUGUAUGGCUCCUGCUUGCAGCUUCUCAAUACCACUACACUAUUAAUGUUCAAGCUAUUGAAACAGUUCAGUUCAAGCACAAUUCUGCACAGCCUGGCUCAGGGUUGGGGUCCGGAACCAGAUAUGUUUUACCUACUUGGGUCAGUGGAAGGAAGAUCCAUAAAACUCCAUCAGGUCCCAACCCAGUAGGGAAUCAUCGCCCACCAUCGAAGCAAUGAACAUUUGAUGUACUUGUUCUUAACUUAGUAUGUAGAACUAAUCAGAUCAUUAUAUUUGUUGGAGGCUAGAAAGGAAGGUCAGUGUUAUUCAUGUAGGUCAAAAAAACCUCUCCUCUGAGGAAUGUGGGUGUACAAAAAUUGGAAUUUAGAACAUUUGAAUUCUAGAAGCUUUUGUGCAUGAGCAAAUUUGUUAGUGUAGUUGUUCCAUAAU